AUGUUCAUCACCUACUACAGACAGAAGCCCCCGGGCGGUGCCGCGUCCUGCUGCAAGAGGACCAGGAUGCUGAUCAACUCGGUGGUGACACCGAUCUCAUUCUACAGAAACUGCUACUAUCGAAAGCUGGAGCGUUUCGCCGACGCCGUCGUGACCCUCGGGGAGGACAGCGUGGCCAGGUGCCACUCGCCUGACAGUCCAGCGCGACCCAACUGCUGGACUCGGCAAUUGUUCAGCGCCGGGAACUGGGUGUUCCCGGUCCUCUGCUUUUUGUGGCUGGGGUUCGGUUGGCCUGACGACAACUAUGUCAGGAACAAGUCCCUACUCGCUGGUCUUGGGGCCAGGGCUUUCCUGGCGGCGUUGCUCAUGUCGGCCUAUUCCCUGAUGCACUAG